CCAGAGCCGCCUCUGCUGCUCCCACAGGCGCCUCUGCGGUCCGCACGGCUGCUCUCCCCGCGGUCCGCCUCCAGGUGAUGCCACUCUCUGCCCGGGCACCUGCAAGCAGACCCACAGCCUGAACACCAACGCAAGAGCAAGCGGAGCAGACAUGUCCACGGAUGACUGGGUGGGGAACUGGCGCCCCCACCGGCCCAGAGGACCAAUUGCUGCCCUCUACAGCAGUCCAGGGCCCAAGUAUGGGCUCCCCACGAAUGUAGGUUUCCAGCAACAUGACCCCUCUCGCAACCGGGCUCCCGCAUACAGCUUCGGCAUCCGCCGGUUCCAGGAACAAGAGAGCUGCUCUCCUGGGCCGGGCUACCUGGUUCCGCCCAACAUGUCCAUGCGGGGCAGAGAUGGCAUUCCUGCGUAUUCCAUCUACGGACGCCCUCGAGACAUCAUGCCCUUUAUGACUCCAGGACCAGGGCGCUACUCCCCAGAGAAAGCCGGGAAGUGGACCUACCCCUCCGCUCCCAACUUCUCGCUUGCUUCACGGACGAAGGACUUUGAGAACGACCAGACGCCAGGGCCUGCGGCAUAUGGGCUCCCCCCCAUGAUCGGGCCGAAAGUGAUCAACAAAAGCACAGCCCCCAAUUACUCCAUUUAUGGACGCAGCAUGGUUGGCAGCUUCUAUGAAGACCUUAGCAAGACUCCUGGGCCCUGCAACUACCGCUUGGUGGACCCCAGCAUCUACAAGCACCGCCCGCCCCAUUUCAGUAUGCUGGCCCGCAACGUGCCUCCGGGGGACACCACGUUGAAACCGGGUCCAGGAGCGUACAGCCCGGAGAAGUACAUGCAGCAUCGUGGCUUGACCUUCGGGAUCCGCCAUUCGGACUAUGUGGCUCCUCUCAUCGUGGACGUGGCAGACUGAACCGGCCGAAUCGCCAAGAACAAGCCAGACCAGAAAUGUUCAUUUGGGAAUACUUUGCUUUUCUUCACAUCUUGUGCCGUUGCCUUGGGUGUCUUGGCAGCUCCGAUGAGGUCGAGCGCUCGCUUCUUGCCCCAAUUGCCCUGAGAGACGAGGGAGCUGCCCCCCACACACACACACCGGGCUUCCCUGUGGCCAAAUUCUCUGGCUUGAUUGCCCCACGGAUAUCCGGCUGAUCACAGCAGCCAGAAAAAGCGGGUGAGAUGAAACCAGGGCAGGAUUCGCCAUUACUGCCCGGUGGAAGCAGGAAUCCAGUGGUUGUGGGGGGAAUCUUGGGGUCCACUGAGGGCCAAGCUACAAGUGACGAAUGACACUUGAACGGCAAGUGGAUUGAGUGGAGGGCAAGUGAACAGGGAGAAAUACACUUGCCAUUCAAGUGUCAUUUGUCACUUGUAGCUUCACCCUGAGCUAGGAAUAAUUGCCUCACACCUCAUAGGUAAAGCAAGGGCUUUAUGUGAUGAGAUUAGGAAUUAGGCGCCUCCCCCCCGAACAUAAUAUAAACACGGCAUCAUUUUUGCCUUAUCCAUUCUUCCUUCAUUGGUCAAAAGGAGGGCCCUGAAGCCAUGCCCUCUGCCCCCUGAAAUUUCGGCAGCAUCACCCAUGUGCCUUCAGGCAUCUCUUUGCCCGCAGAAGGUCAAGAAAUGGAAGCUUGACUCUGUGCCAGAUACCCCAGGCUGCACUUCUCUGCAGAAUCUCUGCCUGUAAGCCCAGUCAAAUCACAAUGCCGGAAGGAUCUUGUUCCUCCGCUACGUGAAGGUGUUUGCCUGUAAAACAUCCCUGGGAGAUGCCGGCCAACUAUCCCUUGAAAACGUUCAACCAGGGAGAUUCUGCAGGCUCAUGCCCUGCCUCUGACGUGUUCUUUGAGAUAAGGAUUCCUUCAUGGCGGUCAACCUAAAUCUCUGUCCCUGUUGGUUACAUCUGGUCCAGCUUGGUUCUACGCUGGAAACAGAUCCAUUGUACCGGGGUUCCCUCCAUUGAAUUCUGCCACAGUUUUGGAAUGCAAAAUUAAACCUGGGCCGUUUCCAGACGGUUUACCUGCCUCCAGAACGUUGUGCCAUCUUGCGGGGAAAACGCGAAAUAUCGCGUUUUCUUGCGCGAGUUUUGUGUUAUUUCGCGUUUUCCCCGCAAGAUGGCGCAAUGUUCCGGAGGCAGGUAAGCCGUCUGGAAACGGCCCUAUUGCCAUUGACUCUUGCAGUACCACAGACCCUUCCUCCUACAAAUGGGGGCUUCCAGAACCAUCAUGGCAGAAUUCAUCAUAGGAUGGCACCUUGUACUGGACCAGACUAUAAGUCCAUCUGGUACAGUCCAGUGCAGACGGGCCAGGGCUCUCUUUUCCUGGCACUUCUUCCUGAGAUCUGAUGGCAAGGGCCAGGACUUGAACCCAGGACCGUAAGCUUAGAAAGCAUGUGCUCUGCCAUUUGGCUCCAGCCCCCUUCCCUAUCCCUAGUUAGCACAGAAGGGUUCUCUGUACAGAUGGAUUAUUCUGCAGCUGAGAUCAAACCUAGUUGGAUUUUAGUUUUCCCUGCCGUCUUUCUAUGCCAAAUGGCCCCUCCUUAAAGGUGCCCUGUCACGGCAAGAGGCCUCCACGGAAUCAGCACAAACGCAAGAAGGACCCAGGUCCUCCGUGGGUUGCCAAUCAAUAGAAUGUGAGUUGCAUAUAUAAGAAUUUUUAAUAAUUUUAUAAUUUGUAAAGUGCAAAGUGCUCAAAAGUGGAUAAUAUGCAACACAAUCUAUUACAAACAAAAUACAAUAAAUAUACAUUCCGUAUUAGAUGUUCCAGUUAAUAAACAAGUUAGCAAUAAAUAUACAAUAUCACAGCUCCUUCCCUAUCCCUUGUUAAUACAGAAGGGUUCUCUGAACAGAUGAAAUAUUCUGCAGCUGAGACCAGACCCAGUUGGAUUUCAGUUUUCCCUGCUGCUGUCUUUCUAUCACAGGCAAGACGCUGAGUGUGCCUCUGUCUUUCAUACAAAGCAGAGCUCUGAAGCGUCUUGCAUCUUUCCAUGGGCCAGAAUUUUUAUCCCACCUUCCUCCCAGGUAGUAUGUGCAGUUCUGCCCUCCUCUCAACAGCUCCAGAGGUGGGCUAGGCUGAGAGAGAAGAGUUACUGGCCCAAGGCGGCCAGUGAAUUUCAUUCACAGAGAGAACCAUUAUUCUGCCUUGCUUGUUUGGCAGGUUCUACAGUUCAGCAUCUCUCCACUUCCCUUUCGGAUCUCAAGAAAGGCGAACCAGCACCAGGGUCUGUGGGGCUGACGUCCGGCCUCCUUCCCCUUCUGGCCUCUGGGCAUGUGGCUAUUCCCUGCCCUGGAAGGCCAGCAUGCGCUCCCUCUCUUUCCAUGCAGCUUCCCAUGCGGCCACUGAUGCUCUGGCCAUGGAGGGUGAGCGAAGCAAAGAGGCUCCCGCUGUGGCCGAUGCCGCCCCCUCCUGUGGCCACAGUCGGAUCACGAUGACCAGGUAAAAAAGGACUGAUUUUGCAAGCUGACCCUUAAUGUCCUUACCUUGCCUAGACAGCAGAAUCGGGUUUGAAACAAAUAACCCUCAAGGCUGAAUGUUCAGGACCAGAUUUGAGAAUCUAUUGCAUUUCUGCCCCGCCUCUGCUCCCAGGAACUCGGGGGGAGGUUUAUUAUUCUCUCCUCCUGCAUUUGGUCCUCACGGCUGGCUCAGAGCUCCUGGCUCAAAGCUGCUCCAUGAGCUCGACGGCUGGGCAGGGAUUUGAACCCAGGCUUCACUCGGUAUGCUCACCACUGUUCCGCACAGUCUCAAACCCUGCUGUUUCUGGACCAUCCACCAGGAUCCCACAGGGAGAUUCUCCCUUCUGUGCUGCAAGGGGAAGGGAAACCCAUUUGUGGAGCUUACGUUGCCUGGGCUGGUGACCAUUUUAAUAAUAACAUUUGAUUUAUACACCACCCUUCAGGACAACUUAACACCCACUCAGAGCAGUUUACAAAGUCUGUUAUUGUUAUCCUCACGGCAGUCACCCAGCUGGCUUCAAGCGGAGGAGUGGGGAAUCAAACCGGCUCUCCCGAUUAGAGUCCCGUCGCUCUUAACCACUACACCAAACUGUCUGUGUGUUCCAGUGCUGUAGCCGCCUCAUCUCCCAAGGCUGUGCACAACUUCUCUGCGUUGCUGUUUGUUUGAUUAAAGAGAUGUUAAA